AUGAGUCAUCUGCAAAAGUCCUUUGCCCGAGCACGCUUGUCUCAUCUGCCUCCAGAGCCACCGACCCCGGUAGACGAGCAAGAGGAAGAAGGCGAUGAUUUGACGGCCUUGAGGCCAGGGUCACCAAAUGAUUCGUCUUCCUCGGCCUCUUCAACUUCCUCCACCGGCACCAUCGUCCCGUCGCCCAGCCGGAACCUGUUUGAGAAACCAAGAAGCGCUGCCAUCAAAUCUCGUAACGCACCACUUCCUUGGGAUGACUUCUUUACUCAAGACCUCGCUUUCGAUCAGAAAACACCCUCGGAGACAAUCCACCAUCACGUCUAUCUAACUCCUCCAUCAGCUUCCGGCCCUCUUAUCGUCACCCAUCAUGGAGCUGGCUCGUCGGGCUUGUCAUUUGCUGCCUUCACGGUGGAAGUGCUGAAGAUCCUUCCCAAUGCUGGUGUUCUCUCACUAGAUGCCCGGGGACAUGGGCAGACGACCACGACGACUUUGUCUGGUAGCUCGCCACCGUCUCAAGACCUCAGCUUAACUACCCUCGCAGAGGAUGUUGCAUUCGUUGUCAAUGCUGUCAAAGCAUAUAUGAAGUGGUCGACUUUGCCAGAUAUUGUGUUGAUCGGACACAGUCUGGGAGGUGCCGUCGUGACCGAAGUGGCUCACGAGAGGCUUCUCGGCAACACCUUGCUAGCAUACGGUGUCCUCGACGUCGUAGAAGGUUCGGCCAUGGACGCUCUGAAAAGCAUGGACACAUAUCUCUCCACUAGACCGAAAUCCUUUCCUUCACUUGCUUCGGGCAUCGAGUGGCACACUAAAUCUCGAACGAUCCGGAAUACCACCUCGGCUCGAGUAUCAGUUCCGUCGCUGCUUCAAGAGUCCAAAACAACUAAAGGUACAUGGUACUGGCGGACAGAUCUAGCUGCUACAAAACCCUUCUGGGAAGACUGGUUUAUCGGUUUGUCCAAGAAGUUUCUGGAGUCCCGUGGAGGUAAACUCCUCCUGCUGGCGGGGACCGACCGACUUGACAAGGAACUCACGAUUGGGCAGAUGCAAGGGAAAUACCAGCUCCAAGUGUUUCCCGAGGCCGGCCAUUUUAUACAGGAAGACCAACCCGCCAAAACCGCUCAGGUUGUGGCGGAUUUCUACAAAAGAAAUGACCGUACCGGACUCGUCCUGCCCCCCAAGGUAGACGACUUGAUCAGGCAGGGGAAGUUGAAACCCGCUGGCAUGAAAUGA